CCUCCAAAUUUCUUAACCCAAAAGCAGAACACAGUGUUCCCCAGCUCCAAAGAAAUCAGAAAACCCAGAGAGAGAGAGAGAUCGAAACUCGACAAGCCAGCAGAUCAACAAGCAAUGGAGUCCAUCUUCGGUUUGGUAGGCGAUGGCUUUGCCGUCGUGGCAGCGGACACUUCAGCCGUGCACAGCAUACUGGUCCACAAGUCCAACGAAGACAAGAUCAUGGUGCUCGACUCCCACAAGCUCGUCGCUGCUAGCGGCGAGCCCGGCGACAGGGUUCAGUUCACGGAAUACAUACAGAAGAACGUGGCAUUGUACCAGUUCCGGAAUGGGAUUCCGUUGACCACCGCUGCUGCUGCCAAUUUCACCCGCGGCGAGCUCGCCACUGCCUUGCGAAAGAAUCCAUACAUGGUGAACAUCUUGAUGGCUGGUUUUGACAAGGAGGCUGGGGCAUCCCUUUACUACAUCGAUUACAUUGCCUCUCUUCACAAGGUUGAGAAAGGAGCCUUUGGAUAUGGGUCGUACUUCGCACUCUCACUGAUGGACAGGCACUACCACAGUGGCAUGUCUGUGGAGGAAGCAAUUGACUUGGUCGACAAGUGCAUCAUUGAGAUCCGGUCAAGGCUGGUGGUGGCUCCCCCAAACUUUGUGAUCAAGAUUGUUGACAAGGAUGGGGCAAGGGAAUAUGCGUGGCGAGAGUCCAUCAGGGAUGCCGGUGUUGCUGCAGCAUGAUCGAUCAUUUAAAAGCAUCACCAGACUUGUGUUUAUUUUACUUUUAAACUUUUGUUGGCUAAAUUUUCCUUUGCUCUAGUAAGUGAAAUCUGAUGCCCCUCCAGAACCUAUCGAAAUGCUCACAAUAGCUCUCUUCUUCCUUGAACUUGUGAUGUGAAUGCUGCUGGAAUAAUUGUAUUUUGGAAGGAGAAAUGGUCUUUUAAAAGUGAGAGUUUCAUUUGUAAUGACUAGUUAUUUGUUUUCAUUUA